AUGGCGCCCGCCCAGUCCACGCAGUACGAGGUCGCGCAGCACAUGUACGCCGCCCGCGCCGACGACUACGACUCGUCGUGGCACCCCAGCUACACGGCGCGCUUCAUGCAGCUCGCCGCGCCGCAGCCCGGCGAGCGCGUCCUGCUGCUCGCCUGCGGGACGGGCCUCGAGGCCGAGCACGCGGCGCCCCUCGUCGGCGAGAGCGGGCUCGUCGUCGGCGUCGACGCCACCGACUCGAUGCUGGCCGUCUUCCGCGCCAAGCGCGACGCUGACCCCGUCCUCGCGGCGCGCACCUGUAUCGUCCAGCACGACGUCACCAACCUGUCGGGAUGCGCCGCCGUCGAGCCGGGGUCGUUUGACCUCAUCGUGUGCUCCAACGCGUUCGUGCUCUUCAAGGACCCGGCCGCUGUGGUGCGCCACUGGAAGACGUACCUGCGCGACGGGGGCCGCAUGGUCAUUGACGUGACGCAUGAGCGGAACCUCCGCCAGGGCCUGCUCAUGGAGGUCGUCGCCGAGCGGCUGGGCGUGCCGUUCCCGUCGGACCGGCGGUGGAUCACGUCGCGGGACUCGUUCCGCCGCGUGCUCGAGGGAGAGGGCCUGCGCGUGGACAGGGUGGAGGCACUGGAGAAGGUGUCGGGUAAAGGGACGAUCUACCUGGGCGCGGAGGAGGCGGAUGCGCAGUUUGACUUCAUCACGGGCAUGCCGCUGACGAGCGAGCUGGCGACGGACGAGUUCAAGCAGAAGGCGAGGCCGCUAUUUAAAGAGGAGUGGAAGAAGGCUUCGGUGGACGGCAAAUUGGAGGUCUGUGACAUCUUGUACGUCUAUGUCGCGCGUAAGGUCUAA